AUGGCAGACAACGAUUCCUCCAAGCCAAACCACCUGGAGCCGUCUGAACUGGGCACCAAGGAAUACUGGGACAACCUCUACAAACGCGAGCUAGUCAACAACACCUCCGACCCCACCGACCGCGGCACGGUCUGGUUCGACGACUCGGACGCCGAGGCGAAGCUGCUCCAGUUCCUCGAGGACCUGACGGAGGAGGGGGAGGAGGGGGAGAAGACAACAACAACAACAACAACAACAACAACAGCCGCCGACUGCUGCCCCGCCCUAGACCAGCAGUCGACGUCCUUCCUGGACCUGGGCUGCGGCAACGGCUCGUUCCUGUUCGCGCUGCGGGAGGAGGGCUGGCGGGGCCGCUGCCUGGGCGUCGACUACAGCGCCGAGAGCGUGGCGCUGGCGCGGCAGAUCGCGGGCUCGGGCGCCGUGGCCGGCGACGAACGGGUCGAGUUCGCCGAGUGGGACGUGCUGCGGGGCCCGUACGAGGCCGUGCUGGGCGGAGGAGGCGGGGCCGGCCCGGUGGAGGAUAAGGGGUGGGACGUCGUGCACGACAAGGGCACCUUCGACGCCAUCUCGCUGAGCGACGAGACUGACGGCGGCGGGAGGCGCAUCAGCGAGGGCUACAAGGGCCGCGUGGUGCGCCUCGUCAGGCCCGGCGGCCUGUUCCUCGUCACGAGCUGCAACUGGACCGAGGCGGAGCUCGAAGGCUGGUUCGGCGAGGGCAGUGCCGACGUCGAGGGCGGGGCUUUUGUGAGGGUGGGCAGGGUGAACUACCCUAGUUUCAGUUUCGGAGGCGUGAAAGGGCAGACGAUCAGCACGUUAUGCUUCCAAAGGAAAUGA